AUGCACGAGUCAAUUAUAUUGAUUGUAUUCAGUAACAGCCGUGUUUGCACGACACACACACACACGUUUGAACAUCCUGUCUCGGGCCAAUUAGAGGCGUGAGAGCGCACCCUGGAUGACGUCAGCGGUGUUUGGUGCAGGCGGAUCAGGAGCAGCUGUGUGGACGCACAGCGCUACACAGCACAGCAGGGCCUGCAGCAGCAACAGCCGACGAUGGGGGGAAUAUAAGGAGGCUUUUAUACAUGCUAUCAACACGGCGAGGUCGUCUUGAAAAAUGGAGGGAGGGAAUUUCGGCUACUCCCGAGACUAUCUGGACCGCUUCACCCAAAGCCAGGACUCAUCUGUGGUGAACAAGUUCCAGCAGAAGUACUGGAAAACCAAGCAGACGCUCAUCAAGGUCACCGGGAAGAAAGAGGACGAACAUGUGGUGGCGUCUGACGCGGAUCUGGACGGCAAACUGGAGGUCUUCCACUCCAUCCAGAGAACAUGCAUGGAGCUGCUGAAGGUCAUCGAGCAGUACCAGAGGAGGAUCUGCCUUCUUUCCCAGGAGGAGAACGAGCUGGGUCGUUUCCUGCGCUCUCAGGGCUCACAGGAUAAAACCAGGGCUGGAAAGAUCAUGCAGGCCACAGGGAAAGCACUCUGCUUCUCCUCCCAGCAGAGAUUGGCUCUGAGGAACCCUCUGUGCCGUCUGUACCAGGAGGUGGAAACGUUUCGCUAUAGAGCUAUCUCAGACACGUGGCUGACGGUGAAUCGAAUGGAACAAUCCAGGACUGAAUACCGUGGAGCCCUUCUGUGGAUGAAGGAUGUAUCCCAGGAGCUGGAUCCAGAUACACAUAAACAGAUGGAGAAAUUUCGCAAGGUUCAGGCCCAGGUGCGCACUACCAAAACAAGCUUCGACAAACUGAAGAACGACGUCUGCCAGAAGGUUGACCUGCUGGGAGCCAGUCGCUGCAACCUCCUGUCUCACGUUUUAACCACAUACCAGACGACACUUUUGCACUUCUGGGAGAAGACAUCCCACACUAUGGCGGCCAUUCAUGAGAGCUUCAAGGGCUGUCAGCAUUAUGAGUUCUCUACACUUAAGACAUUACAAGACCCCAUGGACAAGCUCGCUAAGAAGAAGGGGAAGAAGAAAAUUAAAGCAGAGAAAAAAGAUGGGAAGAAAGCCGAGACAACAGAUGACCAACUCAUCUCACUAGCAAAUGAAAACUCCAGCGAUAAGACCACAGAAGGAAGUGAAGAUCCUCUCUCUGCCUAUCCAGAGUUGGAGGGCGAGGAGAAGGACAGCAUGGCCUUACUGAACGAGAUCCUGGGCGGUAUGUCUGUGGACGAGGGCGACUUCUCUCGGGAGUGGACCGAAGUGUUCGGAGAGGCCGAGGAAGGAACGAGCUCAGCGUCUACCGGACCGACGGAGGCCCAGCAAAAGGAAAACUCCUUCUUUCUGCCAUCUCAGCUACUGGACCAGAGCUUGAAUAAUCUGCAGUCUUCCCUCUCAGAUUGGGCCGGGAUCAUUCCACAGCCCGUCGCUCCGACAACAGAGCACUCAUCUGGAGCCAAUCAGAACCCUCCUAAGCCAGCAGUGAAAGAGACGACGGGGACGUCCAAAGACCUCUCGGCGUGGUUCAACCUGUUUGCUGACUUGGACCCUCUCUCCAAUCCCGAUGCGGUCGGCAAAACUGACACAGAGCACGAACUUCACAACGCAUAGUUCUUCCUCAGCGUCAUGGUGAUGUCUCUUUUUUUUUUUUUUUUUUUUUUAAAGGGUUACCUUUUUAUUAGUGGGUA